GAGAGUAAAAAUGGAAAAAGAAAAAAUAAAGGGGGAGGAAAGAAUAGGAGGCGCACUGUAGUAUUAUUUAGGUAGUUGAAAAUUGAAUUAGCGAGAAGUAAAAAAUUUUUCUUAAAAAGUUGGCCCCGCCUUUGUGAUUUUUGUAAUUUAAUUAAGGAAAAAUAUUUUUCUGUAAAAAUUUUGGAAAAAAGUUUAAGUUUGAAAAAAGUUUUUAAAAUUCUAUAAGGGUGUAUAACAACAUUUGCGGAUUGAAUUUGCGGACAUUCACUAAACAUCCUCCAUAUUAGUUAAAGUAUUUAAAAAAAGUUUUUAUGAUGCCAAAAUAGAUGGACAUGCCUAGCCCACUACAAAAUUAUUUUCCCGAAUCAGGAAGCCAGAUUUUGAAUUUAAUGUUUAUCCAGGACUGGACUGGCUUGAUUUUUUUGUAUUAAUUUGGUCUGGUUUUACUUCGGUAAAAUUGUUGAUUACCAUAUUUCCAUGUUUCCUAAAGUCCUCAAAUUUUUAUCCGCAAAUGUUAAUCCGCAAAUUUUUUCUGAACCUAAAAACUAAUAUAUUGUUAUUAUUAAUAUCACCAAUUGAUCGGUUAUAUAAAUUCUCCGACUGGUUAAAUGAUUGUGUGUAUUGUUUUAAUUUAUAUAUUAGGUGUAGAAGGAAAAAAACAAUCGACAAUUGUUUUCUUAAAAAAAGUUAAUUUUUAUUGACACAUUUUUGAGAAGAUAAGUAGGGGAAAAGGUUAAGGUAAAAAAAGUCGGGGAUUUUAGUAUAAUAAUAGAAAAAAUUGUGGAAAGAUUAAGUUGUGAAUAGUUUUUUUGGAAUUUUUAUGUGAUUUUAAAAAUUGCUAUAGAGGGAGAUAGAACUGAUAAGGCAGACAUGAUCAACCCAAGGUUCUCCAGUUUCCCCUUUUUGCGAGGGAAGUGCUCCAUUCCCCAUAAAUCUGCUUUUGAUUGGCCGUUGAAAUUUUUCGAGACUAAUCUCGAUUAAUCUCCAAAUCCAGUUCCCUUUGUACUAAUGAACAAGAGUCUCCAAUAUUGUGAUAAUUUACAUCAUUCUCGAUGGAAUUUUCAAGAAAUUCGUGCAAUUUUUCUUCGUCGAUUUUUACUUCAAUAUACAUCUUUGGAAUUAUUUUUGGAUUCGAGAACUGCUAUAAUGUUUGCUUUCCGCGAUAUGGAAACUGUUCAACGCGUUGUUUCUUUAUUGCCUCCUGUUGGUGUUGGAGUUAAAUAUGGAUUACCUCAAAGUAGAAAAUCGAGUUUAAUGACUCCAUGGCAAUUAUUUAAGCAUUCUAAUAUGCCUCAGGUUUUUUAUUAAAAUUGUUUUGCGUAACUUGUCAGCAGGGAUGGCUCGGAUUACCCGAAACUUUAACUUUUUUUGGCCUUGUCCUGGUCUGAAAAAAGUACCUGAAACUGAAACUCGACCCGGUUUUUCCAGUCCGGCCCUAUCACUACCUCAGUAUUUUUUGUGAAUAAAUUUGGAUCUCGUUUAUAGAUUAAAACUUGUGU